AGGCGGCAGAGUCUGGUCGGAGCUUUUGCGUGGUCUUCGGUGUCUUCCGGCUUGUCUGCCUCCUCCCCCCGGGACCAUGGCCACCGACUCGUGGGCUCUGGCGGUUGACGAGCAAGAAGCGGCUGUCAAGUCGAUGAGCAGCCUACAGAUCAAAGAAGAGAAAAUCAAACCAGAUACCAAUGGUGUUAUCAAAACCAAUGCCACGCCAGAGAAAACAUAUGAGGAAGAGAAAGAGGACAAAGCUGCCCAGUCCUUACUCAACAAGCUGAUCAGAAGCAACCUUGUCGAUAACACAAACCAGGUGGAAGUCCUGCAGCGGGAUCCGAAUUCUCCCCUCUACUCUGUGAAGUCUUUUGAAGAGCUCCGGCUGAAACCACAGCUUCUCCAGGGAGUCUAUGCCAUGGGCUUCAAUCGACCCUCCAAGAUACAAGAGAACGCAUUACCCAUGAUGCUUGCUGAACCCCCACAGAACCUGAUCGCCCAGUCUCAGUCUGGUACUGGUAAAACAGCUGCCUUUGUCUUGGCCAUGCUCAGCCGAGUGGAACCAGCAAACAGAUACCCCCAGUGUUUGUGCCUCUCCCCAACAUAUGAGCUGGCUCUUCAAACCGGAAAAGUGAUUGAGCAGAUGGGCAAAUUUUAUCCAGAGCUAAAGCUUGUCUAUGCUGUUCGAGGCAAUAAAUUGGAAAGAGGUCAGAAGAUUAGUGAGCAGAUGGUCAUCGGCACCCCUGGGACUGUCCUGGACUGGUGUGCCAAGCUCAAGUUCAUUGACCCUAAGAAGAUCAAGGUGUUUGUUCUAGAUGAGGCUGAUGUGAUGAUAGCAACUCAGGGCCACCAAGAUCAGAGCGUCCGCAUCCAGAGGAUGCUGCCCAGGAACUGCCAGAUGCUGCUUUUCUCUGCCACCUUCGAAGACUCUGUGUGGAAGUUUGCCCAGAAAGUGGUCCCAGACCCAAACAUUAUCAAACUGAAGCGUGAGGAGGAGACACUGGACACCAUCAAGCAGUAUUACGUCCUGUGCAGUAACAGAGAAGAUAAAUUCUCUGCAGGUACCUGCAUUUCUCAAAUGUUUUCUUCCCACUAGACACGCAAGACAGCUAGUUGGCUGGCAGCGGAGCUCUCAAAAGAAGGCCACCAGGUGGCUCUCCUGAGUGGUGAAAUGAUGGUGGAGCAGCGAGCUGCAGUAAUUGAGCGGUUCAGAGAAGGCAAAGAGAAGGUUCUGGUGACCACCAAUGUGUGCGCCCGUGGUAUUGAUGUGGAACAAGUGUCUGUCGUUAUCAACUUUGACCUUCCUGUGGACAAGGAUGGGAACCCAGACAAUGAGACGUACCUGCACCGGAUCGGGCGCACUGGCCGCUUUGGCAAGAGGGGCCUGGCCGUGAACAUGGUAGACAGCAAGCACAGCAUGAACAUCCUGAACAGGAUCGAGGGGCAUUUUAAUAAGAAGAUAGAGAGAUUGGACACGGAUGAUUUAGACGAGAUUGAGAAAAUCGCCAACUGAGAAGCUCCACUGGGAGCGGUGCCCACCCUUGGGCUCCCCUGCAUGGGAAAUGAGUGCUUUCACGGCACAGGCCCACAGCCACCACAGAGACGAAGGCGCGAGUAGAGAAAACUACCUACCUCAUUUUAGUUACGUUUGGACUUGACCAAAAAAAAUGUGCAAAUUACAGGGGAAGGUAGAAGAAUAAGUGUUGCAUUGUAGAAAAUUUUCGUCCUUUCGCCUCCCUUUCCUAAGCCAGCAUUUCCCUGUCUUUACAGUAAUUUGGUUGCUGUUGGUAACCUCUGCCCCCAGGGUCCCCUGCUUGCCUUCUAGCUAGGAUUCCUGGCACCAGCCUCCAGCCUCUGAAGGAGAGACUCGAGGUGUUGGGGGCCUGAGCGCAGUGUCAGCCCCACCACCCUCUCUGGAGCAUGAGGGGGGCACAGUAAGGAGGCUGAGCUGUCCCCUCCCCUGUCCCUUCACUGGGACAUGUUAUGAAUGUUUCUCCUGCUCUGGCACUCGUCUUAUUUCUCCUUAAAUCUAGAAACUUUCCUGCUGGUUCCCUUUACCUCUUCUCUGUGUCAAAAGAUAUUCCUGUCUCUCCCUGGGUGUGCAUUGGCUAGCUUUGUAAACCCGACUUGGAAAGAAACAGAAGCCAUCAAGUCCAAGCUCAUCACAGAAGUCAUCCUGGCAUAGGUAGAUGAGUCUUUCAAGGAUGUGGGCCUUUGUUUUCUGUCUUCCUUAGUCUCUGCUCAGGCCUCCUUCUAGUUGCUGGGUCUGCUCAGGCUCCUGGUGGUCAGUCAUGGCAGUUGGAGAUGCCAGUGAUUUUCUGGACAUGUGCUGGGUCUAGCUGGUGGGUUCUUAACCAUCAGAUGGCAGAGUAUUCCUGGAGCUGAGCAGCUGGGUUUGGGAAGGAAGUUAUGACUAAGUGGAAACUCCGAUUAUGUUGUCCAUCCGUAAUAGUGGACUUUGUUGGUUACUUUAAUUCAUACAUUGUAUGGAUAAGGACUGAUAAAUUAUAGCUAUACUCAUCACUAUGUUAAGAGAUUGAAGAAUCAUGAAACGCUUUACUAAUCAUGAUUUUGUUUUUCUGCUUAGUAGACUAAUAUAUGCUCAUUUAAAAAAUAAUUAUAUAUAAAGUGAAACUGCUUUUUAUUCCUGCCUUUCUCACCCUUGUUAGCAGCUUAUUGCUUUGUAUUUGCAUAUAUCGGUCCACUGUUUUACAGAAAUAUGAACAUUCUAUUCAUGGUAUUGUGUAGCCUGCUUUUUCAUUUAUCAGUAGAUCUUAAACAUGUUGACCUGUCUUGCACAUCUAUGACCACCUCACUCCAGGGUGUAGAUGUCCCAGCCUGUAGUGAUAGGCAUUUGGGUUAUUUCCUGCAUACUGCUACUACUCAGUCCUCUUACUUAUCUUUGUGCACUAAUGUGAAAUCGCUCUGGGAUGUAUAUAUUCCUAGAAUUGUUGGGUCAGAGAAUGGGGAUGUUUAAGACUUAAUGCACUGGCAAUUUGGCCUGUCAAAAAGUUUUUACUGAUUUAUUAUUACAGUGAUACAUGAAAAUAUGUAUUAUCUCACGUGUUUGCGAAAGCUCAUCAAUUUUUUAAAACUUUGUCUAUUUGAGUGGCCAAAAAAUGAUUACAUCAUUACUUUUUUUUUAUUUAGUGAGGUUUGGCAAAUUCUCAGCUUAUUGGAUAUUUGAUUUUCUCUUCUGGGGAAUUGCCCAUUCUUGUCUUGCCAUUUUAUUAUUGGAUUGUCAAUCUUUAAUGACUGUUAGCCACCUUUGUAUAUUAGGGAGAUUUGACUUUGUCAUGAGUGGUGGAUGUUUUCCUAGUUUGUCUUUACAAACUCACAUUUUUAAUGCUACCCAAAAGUUUUAAUUUUUAUGUUAGAUUUCAUUUUUAAAGAAAUCAGUUUCACGUCCUGGUUAGAAAAGCUUUUCUCAUUCCAGUAUUAUAAAAAAUUUACUCAUGUUUCUUUUUAGAGGCAGUUCUUGGACAGUAAAUUUUCAAAUUUUUAUGGGUCUUAAAAUGAUGUCAUUUAGCCCUGCUCGUUUGGCUGUGACCGAUUAAAGUUACCUGUGAGGGUGAGAGCAAAGCUGAGUCAUCGUGACUUCAGAUGGGGAUCGCGUGCCUAUGAAUGAAAGACUUGGAGGGUCCUGUGGGUGAAAGUGAGCUUGGGUGGCUAAGUAGGUAUCAGAGAGUGACUGCAGAUAUAUGUAAGGGGCAGGUGCAAGCCGCAGCUAGGGGUGGGGGACAGAAGGAAGGUGGAGGAUAGAGGCAGUUACAGAAGGACAUGGGCAGGGGAGAAGGUGAAAUGAGGGGGACAGAGAAGCAAUGUGAGGUGGAUGACAUAAAGGAAGAUCAGCCAGGCAGGACAUAUCAAGGAGGGAGCUGGGGGGAGGGAGAGACACAGGCGGCCAGAGUAUGGGCAUUUCAGUUCACACGACUCCUACAUUGACACCUGCUCUGAUCCAGACACACAACAGUGACACACAAAAUGUUAAAACAGAAAACAAAUUUAUUGCUGUGGACUAGUAAUGGAGAAAAAAUGCAAAGCGCAGAGCAGGGCUGAAGACAAACGUUUAUUGGUCUCCAGUCUAGAAACACGGAGUAGCUACAGGAUGUUUAGAUCUGUGAGUAAAGGUGUGGGGUAAAGAAUUUAACUUUACCCAAAGUAAUUUGGUCUUUAUCCUUGGUUCCUGAGAGAGAACUCUCAGCCCUUGGAAUUUUCUGAGUAAUUAAGAUGACUUUGUUAUCUAUAGACCUCCAAAGGAGACCUGACAGAUUAUUAAUGAGGGGACUCAGGUUGGGGGCUGGCCAGGCCAGAAAGACUACCUCCUGAUAUCAGCUGACCUCAGGGGAGGAGGGCAUGAUUCAACCAACCAUGAUUAUGUAAUGAGGUGCCCAGUGAAGGCUCUGGACACGGAAGCUCCGUGGGCUUCCUGGUUGGUAAAAGACACAUGGGAGGGUAAGUGCGUCCCUUUUUGGGACA